UCCGGGCCGGGUCGCCGUAACGUUUGCACGUCUGUGAGUGACUUUAUCGCGAUAACCGCGUCCGCGCACGCGCGCUUGCGAUCGCGUCGGCACGAACCGAAAACAUCUUUUUCAACAACGAAAUCGCAACCACCCGCUUUCAAAGUGGACGCAUACCAGUGACAGUGACGUUUAGGGGGAGUUACAAUAAUAUGCUGUUUUUUAAUAUGUAGUUUACCAAAAAUUCGCGAAAUAAGAAAGAAAAAUUCUCAGUGUUGUGUGAAAAGAUAUUGGGUAUUGAGGAAUUGGUGAAACGAUCGAUCAGGGAAAAUUGUGUGUUCGUGAUGGGUUGCUCUCCAGCAGGAUAGUGGCGACGGGAUGAUGCGGAAGGAAGGCGGAGCUGCCGGCGGCGCUGAUUGUGCACUGGACGCCGCCGACUGCAUUAACCUGCAGCAAAUUCUUAAGGCGUUUAACUCUACUAUUAGCGAGGAGCACGCCUGGGCGCUCUUCUACCAGUCAGCGCGGUGCUUCCAGCAGUGCUUGUUUAACGGCGCCACCUGUUACUCAGUUACAGAGCCACGCCAUGUGCUGCUACACAAGGAUGGCAGCGUUCAUCCUAGCACGCUGUUGCAUCCAGGAGAUGACAGCAGCAGAGAGGAGGUCUCAUCGGAACAACAGUUGGUGGUAAACCUUGCUUUGGUGAUAUACCACGCGUUAGACUACCAGCACUCCGAAGAUGAGGAGCGGCUCAUCUCACCAGACCUCGAGGGCCUGAUUACCGAGAUGACGGCUUGCGAACUUAUAGACGAAGAAGAUGAAGGUGGAACUCUUUCUGAAGGUUCAAUGACGUCAGAAGUUGGACGAGCGGACACCGAUGAUGAGGGAAUUGAGCGGGACGCGGAGCCUGCGCCGCGGCGCCGGCGCCGCCGGAGACGGUUCACGCUUCGAGAUGUUGUUGACCGAUGCGUGUAUCAUUGUGGUGUUGGAGGCCGGAAUGCGCGAGAUCGCGACCGCGACACCGCACGCGCAGCCGCGCACUACCGCGCCGUCUGCCGGGCGCUGGUCGCCGAGGCGCUCGAACUCGCUUCAUUCCUCGCCAGAGUGCGGGUCAGUGGUGUUAGAGACCUCGGCGCUGCCGAGGACUCUGCUACUCAGUUGGACACUCUAAAAUUUUCUGAUUGGGCGCGGUUUUGGGUGCAAGUGAUUGGAGAACUACGCAUGGGUGUUAAACUAAAGAAAGUAAAUUAUUCAAGAACUCCUAUAGAAUACGAAUUGACUCCAUAUGAAAUUUUAAUGGAUGACAUCAGGUCUAGAAGAUAUACGUUAAGGAAAGUUGACGGAGCGAUACCUCAUAGUGUAAAGAAGGACGCUCACGCAAUGAUUCUCGAAUUUAUUAGAAGUAGACCGCCUCUCAAGAAGGCGUCGGAACGUAAGCUGCCGCCGCCGCGAUUAGAAGUAACUCCUCGCGAACAGCUGCUUCAGUCCAUCCAGGUCGGGAGACAGCUGAAGCGUACACCUUACUCCAGAAGAUAUUCGACAAACGGCGCGGGUAGUGGCCCGGGCGGAGGUGAAGCGCGGAGGGGUGGUGACGUCACGCCACACACGCAGCCACAGAGGCGGCUCAUCAAAGUCGAUUUUGACAAUCUUGAGGAUGAUGAAGAUGAAGACGAUACAGAGACAUGCGCAAGUCCUGAAGCAUGCGCGCCGCAGCCGUUCCCGCGGCACACGGCGCCCGUACAACAAGCUGCUCCCAAACCGUGGAAAAGAACAGAAGUGACUCCGCCGCGCGCGCCGCCCCGCACGCACAUCUCGCACGACGAGUACCAUCAGUUCUGCGACGAAGCCCUUGAAUCAUAUGACCUGGCGACGCAGUGUCCGUCGCGGCGAGCGUCGAUGCGCCGGCACACGGCUACUCACCCCACCUGUGCACCCACCGACGGCGUUCACUCGUUGCCACAUUCAAGGCCAGGGUCGCGAGCGUCGUGUGCAGGCGCAGCAUCCCUCGCUAGCAGCGACGCUGACGCACAGCUCGGCGAGCUGUCGUGGUCGAGAUCCUCGCUGCAGGACGAACUCAUCAAGUCGGUUAGUGGCAGCCCCACUCAUGCCUCGCAUAAACAAUGGCAGGACGCGAUAACGUCAGACGACAGACUCUCGCUGACCCUUGAGGAGAUCGUGCACAUCAGGUCGGUACUGACCAAAGCCGAGCUUGAGGUCUUGCCCGUCGAAGGGAGGGUUAAAGAAGACGUUGAGAAAAGGAGGGUAUGCUUCCUAUGUUUGAAGACACGAUUCGGCAUUUUCGGCCCUUGGGGGCAGAAGUGCAAGUUAUGCAAAAAGACUGUUUGUCAAAAGUGUUGUUCAAAGAUGCGAAUACCAACGGAGCAUUUCGCGCACGUGCCGGUGGUGUUGCUGAGCCCGUCGCUGCUGCCCUCGCCGGAGGACGAGCCUCAAUCCUCCUUCCCCAGGAGCCUAAUGUCGAGGCUCGUUUCGCCCGAACACUCCAGCACGGCGGAGAACAGCGUGGGCAGCGCGCCCAGCAGCCCGCUGCCGCGGCGCGCGCAGGCGGCGUCGGCGCCGGGCUCGCGCGGCGGCUCCGCCCUGGGCUUCGCCGAGGCGCUGUCGGUGGCGCCGCCCUGCAUGUCGCGCAGCGUCGACGGGCCCGACGCCAUGCCCGUCGGCGUCUGCACGCCGCCCACCCUCUCGGACCGCAGAGCGCGCUAUGGCCGAAGCACAACUGGAGUGACGGCAGCGGACCGUCUGCGAGGGGUGCAAAUGGCGGUGUGCCACGACUGCAAGGCGAUGGUAUUGCAAAUCAUCAAGUCCUCCCGCGCCUCGCGUUCGGCUUCGCGGGACCGGGCGCUGCGCCAUCUCACCCUCGACUUAGCUCCCGUCUACACGGCUGAUUGUUAGUUCCACAAGGUUCCGCACGACUUUGUUUGAUGAUCGGUUACGGGUAGGAUGCAAAAGGAAAUAGUGUUCUGAAAAAUUGUAACUUGGCCUUGCACUGCAAUGCCCGGACAGCAGACGUUUUAUAAAUUAAGUAAUGUUUUUUUGUGCCAAGUAUAGCUAUUGAAAUCGUGUCUUGCCAAUGAAGCAUUUAACAUUAUUUGAUUGUGAUUAGAUUAAAUUUAUAAUAUAAAUAUUAGCUUUACAUCAGUAAGUCGUUAAACAAUGUGUUUUCUUUUUGUUUUAAUUUUUUCAAAUUGCAUCCAAACCCGGAUCAAAAACCAUGGAAAUAGAUCUGAAAAUUAUUUGGAUUUCAAAUUUAUUUCUACAAUUAUAAUAGUGAUUGAAGAGCUUUCGAGGUUGUGUAGGAACCUUAAAGUUGUGUUGUAGAAGGACCACCAUUUUGGUUUUAGAAGGUGCUACUUGCGACAUCAACACACAAGGUAGACUGCGGUUCUUUUGAAGCUAAAACUACACAGAACUGAAAAAAAUUUGCUAAGUUUUAUGCGUAAACAAGUUACGCGUUUAGGUAUAAAGCCUAAAGCAAAAAAAAGCCAAGUUCUGUUGUUGUUUCCUUGUCGAUGUGGUCGGUAGUGCAUCAAAAAAGUAGAUUAUUAACUUUUGACAAUACUCGUUUGACAGACACCAUAUUUUUGUUUAUAUCGCACAA